UAGAAAACAAUGCUUAUGCAUCAAUUAUGCAAAAAUUUUGGGGGGUAAACAAAGUGUAUUAUGGGAACGGUGAAAACAGCGAAUUUGUCAUUCUAUACUACUCGGAAACAAUGGUUUUUAACAUCCUUGCGAAAACUUUGUCUUACGAGAAUCGUUUGAAAUUUUUCAAUUAGAAUCCUUCUCGGAGACUGAUACUUCAGAAAACGAGAUGGAGAAGAGAUUAGUACUUUAUUAUGUUAGUUAUAAGUUCCCAAAGUAACUGUCGGAGCUUAUAAGAGGUCCCAUAAAGCUUUCGGUCGUACAGUUCAGGACCUGGUUAAUUAAAUUCCGCACUUUAGGAAGAAUUUCUGGAAGGAAAAAUGUCGCCACUGUGAGCGUCAUUGAAAAUAACUUUAUUUAUACGCAGAGUAUUCUUAUUAAUUUGCCAUUUCAUUGCUACAAUUUUCAUAGUCCUCCAAAGUUGUUAUUCUUAGUUUGUUUACAUCUGCUUAGUAAAAAUUUACGUUCGUUUCCUAGCAUUUUCGAUUGGGAUGCAAUAUCUCAAAAACGACAAGGAAAAAGAAGAGCUAUGGAUAUGACAGGUAAGAAUUCAAAUAAUCUAGGGCUUGUAUACAACAGUCUACAGCAGUCUCAACUGGAAAAUUUAGAUUUAAACAUUGUAUUACUGUGAGAUAACACUAAAAAUGUCUUAAUUAAAUAUCCUUUUCUUUCUUUCUUUUAUUUAAGAGCUUGGAGAGCAACCGAUUAGCCUUUCAAAGAGUGAAGAUUAUCCUCCUUUUAAGACAAGCGGAAUUGGAACCAGCAGAAGUAAUCCCAUAACGAUUGAAUCCUCUCCGGUUAAAAAGCCCUUAGUCGAUAGAUCAAGAGAUAUUGUCAAUAUCGACGGCUCACCUGUGCGAUCCAAAUAUAAAUUAGGUUACGCUGGUUAUGGGUUGACCUUAGCUAAGAUGCGAGCUGGUAGUUCUAUCAAGUCUGUGAAAUUAGAAAUGAGUCGCGAGUGUCUCGAAAUAAAAACAGACAAAGGAAGUGAUUCGUCUAGUGUAGAAAGCAGAGAGAGCGACGAAAGCGACCAGUCGGAGGAUGAGGUUCGAUAUUACAAUGACGAUCCUCAAUUUCCCAUGCUCAGCACCGCAAGGCGAAGGUUUGAAGCGGGAGAAGUUUUACAUGAAUUUUCAAAGAACCGUGCAAACGAUAUGAAGUGUCAGUGCCAACCUAUGCGGGUUCAGCGGAAUGCUGCUUUUCUUAUCGACUCACGAUUCGUGCCGUUAGAUGACUUACCUGCAGAUGGUAAUGGGUCCUAUGUUUACAAAGGGCGUUUGACACAUACUUAUAGACAGAAGGCAAAUGGUAAAUGGAAAACGAGAAGUUCAAAACGUUCAGGAAUCGUAAGGGAAUCUGAUGUCCAUUUUAUCAGAGAGUAUCGGCACCACAAGGAUAGCCCUGAUUUUCGCCAAAUCAUUUUCUACGCCAGGGAUCAAGCGGGUGAGAUUUUAAAUAACACGAUUCUGUUACAGUAUCAGUUUAACGGCAAGGAGCAUCCCAUUAAAGCUCUACCGCACGGAAACUCCAAAUCAGGGAAAACAUUUACUCGGACCAAGUCAUCUGUUAAACGAGCUCUAGGCGAAAAUUUAAAGAAUUUGCCGACCAGCGAAGCGGUUGCGAAAACGAGGAAAGAUUUAGGUGGUCCCCUUAAAUCGUCUUCUGAUGCAGACAUUCCAAGGGGAAGAGCACAGGCGUACGAUAUGAAAAGAGAACGUUCUAAGACGUCGUGCUCUGAACCCAAAAGAAAGCAAAUCGACGAAAUGACCACCUUUAACUGGUAUGCAAAGACCGAUGGCAAGAACUUUGUGCGAAUGCAAGAACUGUCAGGUGAACCCUUAAUAGUGCUUGCAACGGAUAAACAGUUGGCGGACUUGUCGAGGUUCUGUACGAGCCACCUUGAUUUCACAUACCUUUCUGUUGAUCCAACAUUUAAUUUUGGAGACUUUAGUGUCACUCCCACUUCAUACAGAAACCUUCUGCUGAAAACAAGGAACACGAAUAAGUGUCCAGUAUUUGUCGGUCCAAUUUUCAUUCACCACAGCAAGAAGAAAGACACGUACACGCAGUUUUUCUCGAAAUUGAGAAGUCUUGCCCCGCAGUUAGAAAACCUAAUAGCUUUUGGCACAGAUGGGGAGACUGCUCUCGCUGAAGCCCUAUCCGAGAAUUUUCCACAAAGCAAAAGUUUGAUGGGUAGCAAGCUGUUACCGAGGCAACGCAUUAAGACUGUCAAGUACUUGCUUCUGAUUGGUGAGUUGACCACCUUCCCAAACUCUCUCUCCUCUGCGUCUGUGGCAGAGGAGAGAGAUCCUUGGAACGAGGCUAGUACAUCCGGGGUAAUUGUACACAAGGGAGAAACGUUAAAGAACAGAGAAAAAGGAAUGUAUGAGUUGUUCAGCAACGAAAUACAAUGUUUUGAAGUGCUACACGUUUAUUGUGGUGUUAUAUGGGGCUGGGGUAACAUCAACACCGUGUUGGGAUGUUUGGCUUCUGUAAAAUUUCUCGACAGUGGCGUCACUACAGCAACCGCAUUUCCGUCUUUUUCAGACUGGCUCAUGUUUCAGUAUAUGUUGCUCACCAAUCUUGGGAACCCAUGUGGUUUCAUCAAUGUAGACAUGAUAACCUUGUAUAUGAAUGAAUGGACCAUGAUGCUUCAAAAAUUCUUGUUCUCCAUGUCUACUUCAAAUGGAGUGAAUUGA